GUAAAGGGGACUUCUGCAACGGUCCGUCAGUAGGAAUCGGGAUUUCGCGUGGCUCGGACGUGCCGGGACCACACGGCGGAACCUCCCGCGCGCAGUUCGGCCGCGAGUGACACGGCUAGCACGUGCUCGGGCGGCGUCUCGCGUGCAAGCGCGCCCAUCGAUUCGCACACACACACGCGCGCGCGUGCGCGCGCGCACCCGAGGCACACGUGUCCAGUGUUGGCACCCUGCCCGAUCGGGUGCCGGCUGAAGGGUGAGAGACGGCCGACCACUGACAAGAGAGGCUGUCAAUACCGUCGUGUAUUCUCGGCGCGAUGACCGGGAUUUGGAAGAGCCGCCUGGCUGGAUAAGAGCGCGGCAGCGAGACGAGUGCAUUCGGGAUGUGCGAGGUUAUGGGGAAGCAGAGAGCCUGACGUUCGGGAGGAUCUGUUGGCCGCAGGACUGCGAGUUUAGCGAACGAGAAGGUGACCGCGUCGGAUGUUAUCGGGCGACCGCCUUGGCGAAUCGAUAAAUUCCCGAAGAGGAAACCGGAGAGAAAUUAGAUUGCCGUUUGAUCGUCCAUUGUACACGCGGCCGCUCGAUCCUCGAGCUACCGAACCAGCGCGAUUUCCAACGCGAGCCACUGUGCAGAAGGAAAGGCUUCCGAGAAGAAAAGAGAACCAGCGGAGACAUGGCGCACGAAAACGGGAUAAGCGGCGGCGAUACCGACUCGGAGACCGUGGAACUGAAUUCUCUGAGGAGAACCAGAUUCCACGUGAAUCGGGUCGACAGUCUUGAAGGUCGGGCCAGUCUCCUGGGCGAGCAAGAGACCAAGAAGUCGUCCCUCAGAUACAUGACCAGGGAGGCCCUGCCCAGGCUAGACAAUUACAGGAACAUCAUGAGCAUCCAGGCCGCCCAUCGACCCUCCUUGGACGAGUUACACAAUCCCACUCUUCUCAACAAGGGCCCGGGCUCGCAUACGUUGACUGUUCCGCAUCUAAAAUCCAUGGCGCUACGAGUGAAAUUCGGAUGGAUUCAAGGAGUGUUGAUGCGAUGUCUCCUCAACAUCUGGGGGGUGAUGCUUUUUCUGCGACUCUCCUGGGUCGUAGCGCAGACCGGAGUUGGUCAGGCCAUUUUGUUGAUUCUCACAACAACAGUAGUCACUACAAUUACAUCCUUGUCGAUGUCGGCAAUCAGUACCAAUGGUCUUAUCAAAGGAGGUGGGACCUAUUACAUGAUUUCCAGGUCAUUGGGACCUGAGUUCGGUGGAUCCAUAGGUCUUAUAUUUUCCUUGGCAAAUGCUGUUGCCUGUUCCAUGUAUGUAGUUGGCUUUUGCGAGAGCUUGGUGGAGUGUCUCCGCCCUUUCAAGGCCUGCAUAGUCGAUUGCGCGACCACAGACAUCAGGAUCAUAGGGUGCAUAACAAUAGUUGUACUAUUGAUAAUCGUUAUAAUCGGCUUGGAAUGGGAGGCAAAGGCCCAAAUAUUUUUGCUAAUAAUUCUCCUCGUGGCUAUUGCCGAUUUCAUGAUUGGCUCUUUCGUGGGCCCCAAGAGCGAGCUGGAGAGGGCUCAAGGAUUCAUUGGAUACAACGCCGAGUUAUUCAAGGAAAAUUUAUAUCCGAAUUAUAGAUACAGCGAAGGCGUCCAGCAUAAUUUCUUUUCAGUCCUGGCCAUCUUUUUUCCAGCAGCAACUGGUAUCUUGGCAGGUGCAAAUAUAUCCGGUGACUUAAAGGAUCCGCAAAAGGCGAUACCGAAAGGCACGCUACUCGCGAUUCUGCUGACGUCGUUGUCAUACCUAAUCAUGGCGUUUAUGGUCGGCGGUACCGUUAUGCGAGACGCGUCCGGCAACGUUACCGAUUUAUGGACGACGUACAAUAGCUCUCUUUUGGCCAUGUCAAUGGCCGGUGUAGACAACGACACUGCGUUCGAAAACAAUACAGUUAUCGAGAAUGUCACUCACACCUGGAGCAUAUAUGGAACGGAUUUUAACUGUACCGCAGGAUGCAAGUAUGGCAGCCACAACAGCUUCGAGGUGAUCCAAUUAGUUUCUGGUUUUGGACCUAUUAUCUAUGCCGGUUGCUUCGCGGCGACGAUUUCAAGUGCCUUAGCAUCGCUAGUCUCAGCACCGAAAGUAUUUCAAGCGCUCUGCCUCGAUAAGCUAUAUCCGGGAAUUGCGUGGUUUAGUGGAGAAAAAGAUAAGGAGCCGAUUCGUGGUUAUUUACUCACUUUUAUCAUCGCCGUCGCUUUUAUUUUGAUAGGUGAAUUAAACGCAAUCGCGCCGCUGAUUUCAAACUUCUUCUUGGCUGCUUACACUCUUAUCAAUUUCAGUACGUUCCAUGCUUCCUUGGCUAAACCAAUCGGAUGGCGACCAACCUUCAAGUAUUACAAUAUGUGGCUCAGUCUUGCUGGUGCUAUACUUUGUGUUUCUGUGAUGUUUCUGAUCUCAUGGUGGACGGCUCUAAUAACAUUAUGCGUAGUCUUAGCAUUGUAUUUAGUAGUCUCGUACAGAAAACCUGAUGUAAAUUGGGGUUCAACUACACAAGCCCAGACAUACAAUAACGCAUUGACAGCUGUACAGCAACUGGAUCGAGUAGAAGAGCACGUGAAAAAUUACAGACCGCAACUCUUGGUUCUUACUGGCACGCCCAACGUGAGAUCGUCUCUUGUGGACUUCGCUCAUCAUAUUACUAAACAUCAGAGUUUGUUUAUCUGUGGCCAUAUUAUCGAGACACCCAUAUCGUACAAAACGCGCAACAGCAUGGCGCAGAACUGUUCUUCCUGGCUCAGGGCAAAUAAAAUCAAAGCAUUUUACUCGCUGGUGGACAGCUCAAAUUUCCAAGAAGGAGCUACUUCGCUCUUGCAAGCCGCUGGACUUGGAAAAAUGAGGCCCAAUAUUCUAUUAAUGGGUUACAAGCAAGAUUGGGCCACCUGUCCCCGUGAGAAUCUGAAUAUGUAUUUUAACAUCAUGCACAAAGCUCUGGAUAUGCACGUAGCAGUGGCGCUUCUUCGGCUUCAGGAAGGCUUAGAUCGUAGUGCGACUGUCGGAGAUGUCGAGGAUCACAGGAGACUCGCACCUACUUCGAUACCGGGCAAUCAAAGUUUCUCGCAGCUUAGCCAAGCUAGUAGUACGUCUGACAUAUCGAUACCUGGUAGUCCCGCGCCGAGACGUUCGAAAACGAUUAACGAAUAUCCCAAUCCGUCCUCUGAGGAGCAUCGCGAAAAUCGACCACAUAUAGUGCCAAUUACGAAUCUACUUAAUGUAGUAACAAAGUUUCAACUGAAGCAUAAAAAGGGUACUAUCGAUGUAUGGUGGCUGUACGACGACGGUGGCUUAACGCUUCUGUUACCUUACAUCAUCAGCACGAGGCGUAAUUGGUCUAACUGCAAAUUGAGAGUGUUUGCACUUGCCAAUAAGAAUUCUGAACUGGAGUACGAGCAAAGAAAUAUGGCGAGUCUGCUGUCAAAGUUCCGGAUAGACUAUUCCGCCUUAAAAGUUAUACCAGAUGUCUCGAAACCGGCACAAGUCGGUACGAAGACAUUCUUUGACUCGUUAAUAGCUGAUUUUCAGGAAUCAGCCGAUUCGAAAGAUUCCGACGACGAUGUUAUUAAAGAUUCGGAACUUAUGGCGAUGAAAGAGAAAACCAAUAGACAUCUCCGCUUGCGCGAAUUAUUACUUGAAAAUUCCAUGGAAGCUAACUUAGUCGUUAUGACACUACCGAUGCCUCGGAAAGGUGCUGUAUCAGCGCCGCUUUACAUGGCAUGGCUGGAAACACUCACACGUGACAUGCCACCGUUUUUACUGGUUCGAGGCAACCAUACGUCGGUUUUAACGUUUUACUCAUAACAUUAAUGUGAAACUGACGAGAUGUUUUAUACAUAAGGACAUAAAACGUCCCUGCAGACGACAAUAGCGAUAUCGCAGUAUUACAAGCGAAAAGAAAGACUUAAUCAUUUAUGUAUGCAAAAAAAAUUGAUUCGACCAUGGCAGAACAUCCAGUGAUAUACAUUGAAUAGUAACAAGCUAGUGACAAGUAUAUGCCUUUAUCAUCAUGUGUGGGAAAAUGCGUUUGUGAGUGAAACCUAAUAAUUAUUGAAGAUGUGCCUAUAAUAAGCAAUCUCUUGAAAAUUUCAGUCAUGUAAUGACACUGUAUUAUUUUUUUAAUGAUUGAAAUAUUUCUCGAUUCCGAAAAAUCUCGACGGCCUCUCUUUAAGUGUAAAAAGAUCAACCGUAUUUUAUAUAUUAUAUAUGUAUUUAAAGUAAAGUGACAAUCAUAAUUUGUAGCAUUA